AUGAAUAUCUGGUUCACCACCUAUCCCACGCCAUACAUCGGUAGUCUAGACAGGGCUGACCGAUGCCUACAAAUGUUCCCGAAGUUCAACACUACCGGUACCGCCAAACUGUCGUUCAUCGGCCAAAACACGUACCAUAACCCGUGUAAAGUCGACUGUCCCCUAUGCGAGGAUGAGUUGCCUACUACUAAGGAUAAUACCAUAAGGUCAUACCCUGCUCACAUAUCCAUCAAGGAUGACAUAGUCCAGUGUCAGAGCUCGGUGGAGGUGUUUGAGCAGUAUAUGGAGGAUGGUGUCAAAUGCGGACCUUUUCAU